UAAGAAAAAAAUCGCAGAGUUGGGUGGAAAUUUUUGCAAUAGCCGAGGCGAGAAAAAAAUUUUGUGUGUAUCAACGAAACACGGUAGAAAGUCAUAAAACUAAAUAACUGUAGUUAAACGUUAAAGACAGAGAGAAGUGUUUACGAUUUCAGCACGAGCGAAAGGGAAAGCGAACUUAAUAAAAUUCUAGUAUUAUCCAAUUGCCCUAUUAUUAAAUUGACACCGGGAGACUGUUGCUUUGUUUUCUACAUAAUGAUGGAAAACUAUGAUCAGCCAUGUAUAAAAGGCAAAGGUUUGCCUAAAUUAAGUGACGAUGUGCUUCCAGUUAAACUGCAAGAGCAAACUGAAUUUUUUACUUGUGUCGAAGAGUUGACAGUACAUAAUAAACAAAAUUUCAAUUUUGGCGCCGAAAUUUUAAACACAGCAAAUCUUAGUGUAACUAGCGAAGAAGAUAGCAAAACAAACUAUGAAAUAAACAAAACACUGAGUAUUGCGCCAUCCGAACACAAUUUGCAAACAUCUAUCGCUGUUACAACAAAUGCAGUGGUCUGCCAGCAUGAUAUUUUAUCUACAGAUAACAAGGACUGCUCAGAAGAGACCAUAAGUGAACAAGACUGCAAUGAUCGGGAUGUUGAUGAGGAAGAGGAAGAAGAAGAUAGUUAUCAAACUGAUGAAAAUGAUAACUCAAGUAAUAACCGAAUUAUAUCCAGGCAUCAUGAACACGAUGCAAAUGAUGAAAAUCUAGAGGACUCGGAUGAGUCGUCAUCAGAUUCUGAUUUUUCGGAUCUUAGUGGUCUAUCGGAUAUGUCGGGUAAGGAAUGGAAACCCAAAAACCAAAGGCCCAUUAAUUGGGUGCAAAAACAAAUUCAUUCAGGAGCAAAUCCCCGAGAAUUAUUAUCCAAAUUUUUACCCACUUCAGCUCAACGCAUAGCACCUGAACUUACCGAUAUGACAUUAUGGAGGAUAUUGGCCAGCAUGCUUUCAGAACCACCCAGACGACAGAAAUUGUCCUACAUUAAUACAUUUGAUGAUGUUAUCCAGCUGCUCCAAAAAUGUAACAACGUUAUUGUUCUAACAGGUGCGGGAGUAUCUGUAUCAUGUGGCAUACCAGACUUCAGGUCCAGCGAUGGCAUUUAUUCACGUCUUGCAAAGGAUUUUCCUGAUCUUCCUGACCCCCAAGCCAUGUUCGAUAUUAGUUACUUCUCCCGCGAUCCGCGCCCGUUUUAUAAAUUCGCCCGAGAAAUUUACCCCGGGCAAUUUAAACCGUCUCCAUGCCACCGCUUCGUUAAAAUGCUAGAAGAAAAACAGAAAUUGUUACGUAAUUACACCCAAAACAUAGAUACAUUAGAGCAGGUGGCCGGUAUACAAAAUGUUAUUGAAUGUCAUGGUUCAUUUUCGACGGCUUCUUGCACGAAAUGCAAGUACAAAUGCGACGCGGAUAGCAUUCGGGCAGAUAUAUUUGCACAACGCAUUCCAGUGUGCCCACGCUGUCAGCCCAAUGUUGAACAAAGUGUUGAUGCUUCUCAACCUGUCUCAGAAUUUGAAUUGAGACGACUGGUGGAAAACGGCAUUAUGAAGCCAGAUAUUGUAUUUUUCGGAGAAGGUUUACCUGAUGAGUUUCAUACAGUUAUGGCAAGCGAUAAAGAUAAAUGUGAUUUACUGAUAGUUAUGGGUUCGUCCCUUAAAGUGCGACCGGUAGCUCUUAUACCCAGCUCUAUACCGGCUAAUGUACCACAAAUACUUAUUAACCGUGAACAGCUGCAUCAUUUGGAAUUCGAUGUUGAGCUGCUCGGUGACGGUGAUGUCAUUAUCAACCAAAUAUGUCAUCGUUUGGGGGAAGAUUGGCAACAAGUUUGUUUCAAUGAUGAAAUUCUAAGCGAAAGCAAAGAAUUAAUGCCUCUGGAUGAGGAGAAAGACACAGAACUAGAUGAAUCUAGAUGUUUAGCUGCGGAUUGUGAAGACGAACAUAAAUCAAAUAAUUCCAUUGAGCUAACUAUGAGGUCAACAGGUACUUAUUCUGAUAGCGGCUUCGAUUCCUCCUCAUCGACCGCAGCUUUGUUAGCCCCAAAGAAAGUGGAAUUUUUAUCACCCGAUUUAAUAGAAGAACCAGAGGCGUCUACGAGCUUCGCUUGUUCUCGAGAUUAUCGCUAUUUAUCCAUAGAUUCAUCUAAAGAUAGUGGCAUACAAGGAGACGCUUCAAAUCAAGCUUUACCUCUGCCUCUCAACACCUUAGGUGAUUCUGGAGGAACGCGCAACGGUAAUUAUUUACAAAUUACAACUACAAGUUCGACUAGCACCAUUUCAAGGACUUCGUUGGACAAAAUUUGCAAGGAAAGAAAUGCAGAAACAUCCACAAACAACCCCCAAGAACCAUAUAUAUUGAAAUGCAGGCCACAACAACCAUCUUCACCGCAGCAAAGUGCAGCUGAUCGUUUAUUUAAAGGUACUUAUUAUUGUCACGACGGUAGCGCUUCUUACGUGUUUCCUGGUGCUCAAGUCACCUGGAAUACGGAUUCGAAUGAAACGAUUGAAGACGAUCUGGCAGAUCAAAAAGUCGAAGAAGAAUUUGAGGAUUCAGACACAAAUCAAGCUCCUUUAUCACCUCUAAUGACCCCAUCAGUAGAAGCUGAAAUGGUCAAUGCUAUAACCAGCACUAAAAGCCAUCAACUAACAGCAAACACGAUAUCAACAACAGCAACUUUUAAUAAUGUUAUAAAUGCUAGCAAUAAUAGAAACAGUGGCACUUGUUUGGCUUUAAAUAAACAGAAACGUUAUUCAAGCGUCGAAGAACAGAAUGUAGAAUUAAGUUGUGUCACAUCCCAAGCAAGUAACAGCCAAACCAGUAGCAAUAAUGAUAUAUACCCACCUUCCAAGAAGCGACGAAGCAGCAAAGAGUUAUUAAUCGUUGGUAAUGAAUUCAAUGAGCAAAUCAACAAUAUCAAUGCCCAAGACAAUCCUAACUUAGAAUGUAGUCUUAGCUAUAAUAAACUUUAAAAUUCUUUUGUUUUCUCAGACAUUUAGCUCAAUAGUUUCAGAAAAUGUCGUGCACCUACACCAUUUAAUUCAUAUUAAUCGUAAAAAGAGAUGAAAACCGUUUUUCUUCCUCGUUGAUUGAAUUGUUAAAAAUUGGCUCUCAUUGCAAACAAAAAAAUUUUCAAUUGUUGCGUUAAACAUGGGGACAAUUCUUUUUUUUCGCCUCACAAAAGCCCUAUGUAUCUUUUUUUAUUGGUACGCGCUUUCUCCUUUAUAUUAUUUUUUAGCUUUCAUUGGUGUUUUUAAGUAAAUAUUUUUGCGCUUUUUUUUUAAACAGUUAUUUUAUUUGAGAUUGUUGCAUUGCUUGGAAUAUUGGAGUUUCUUUUCAAUUUUUCCAACUUUUUUUUUUUUUUAUGGCAGUUAUCUAAACAAAUAACUCCUUGGUUUGUUUAUUGCCUGGUUUUUCCAUUGUUCUUUUUCUUCCUUCUUUUCUUUGAUUUUUUUAAAAUUUUUUUUAAAUUAUUAAAUAAUCUCUUAAGGCGUCUGUAUCGUCGGACAGAUUUCAACGAGUUGCUAUGUUUUCACUUAUUGUUAACUAUCAAUUUACCGCAAAUUUUUUCGCUUUUCUUUUUUUUGAUUUUCUUUUGUGUAACGUCUUUCAUAGUAGAACUUAUUUUGAAAUACGCAUUUCUUUUUUAUUUUUACACUAUCUACACUUGGAAAUUGAAGCAAAGCGCAAUUUUUAUACUAUUUAUAUCCACUAUAAAAAAAAAAAAUUAUUUUUCUUAUUAAUA